AUGGUUAUCUAAUUGUGACUCUUGUUGUUGUUUAUCAUCAUUGAUUGUGAUUACAAUUUGUCACAAUUUAAUUGACAAUUUUUGUCUCUGUAUUUCAUUCAAUUGUUUUCUUAUCUGUGACUGUGAUUAGUUAAACGAUGGCAAUUGUUGGCGAUUCAACAACUGAAAAUGAGAAGUUAAUUUUUGAGAAAAUAAGUCAAGGUAAAUUGGAAGAGGUUAAAUUGUUGUUAAAUCAAUCUGAUGUUCGGAUUAAUUGUGUCGAUGAGAAUGGGAUGAGUUUCCUUUGUCAGGCUGCGUUCAAAGGGAACGUGGAAAUUUGUAAAUUGUUGAUACAAAAUGGAGCUGAUGUUAAUUGUACUCGACAUGUUCAUGGUUAUACUGCUCUCAUGUUUGCAGCCAUUGGUGGUCAUUUAAAGGUGGUCGGUAUUUUAUUGGAAGCUGGUGCCGAUAUUAAUCAUGUCAAUUCAGUCGGAAGAACGGCCACUCAAAUGGCCGCAUUUGUGGGUCAACACGAGGCCGUUACCAUGAUAAAUAGUUAUGUUCCCAGGGAGGAGAUUCAAUAUUAUUCAGAGAAACAUGGAUUAGAUGAGAAAGCGAAAUUGGAAAAUCAUUUGGUUGAUCCUUUGUGGUCACUUUUACGACAGACCAAUAUUCAUCCGGUUCGAUUGGUGUUGGAAAUCGAGAGACAUCCGACUCUUAUUGAUUAUGUUGGUCAAGUUUCUAAGGUGCUGGAAAUGAUGACCGAAAGAGAGAUGAGGAAAAAAGAUGCCAACGAAAUGUUAGCACUUAAAUUUAGUUUUCUCGCUUUUCUAUUGGACUAUUUUGGUAAACAAUUGGAAAUUCUAAAGGAAAAAAGUGAUCCCAAUGCCGAUCGUAAAGAGCUUAUUGCGAAAUGUGGUGAAUUGUUGACCAAAAAUUGGCUGAAAGGUCGAGACUCUGAUGGAUUUCCCGUUAAUCUUGAAAAUUUUCUUCGAGAAGCGAUCAAGCGAUUCCCUUAUCAUAAUUCAAUGGUCUUCAUUCAAAUGGUUAAAUCUUUGUCUUCGGUAGCGGUUGGUGAUGAACCUUCAGCUCUUUCCAUCCUCGCUCGGUCAAUAAGUGGACAGAAAGGUUUCCUCGACGAAGAGACAAUCAACUGUGCCACUUGUAGUGAACCCAAACCUAAUAAGAAAUGCUCCCAAUGUAAAGUGACCCAAUAUUGUGACCAAAGAUGCCAAAGGUUACACUGGUUUACCCAUAAAAAGUUUUGUCCCAAAAUAGCAAAUGAAGCGAAAGCCAAACAAGAACAAGAAACCAAACCGAAAACUGACCAACUUAAAUCACCUCAAGAAACUGACCCCAAACUGACCACCGAUCUCAAAGAAUUAAACAUUUCCUAAUUGCUAAAUUUGAAUACAACUUUUUAAUUGUCCCAUUUAAAAGCACAAUUCUACCUACGGUAAUUUAAUAUCUUCAAAAAUUGUAAACGAAAACAAAUUUGUACAAAAUAAUCAAUCAACUUUUCUCAAUCAA